GUGUGCUGUAUGUAUUUCUAUCUCCCGACUACUUUGUACAAAUUACGAUUGUAUUUUUUAUACAAAUUUGAUCAUUAACGAUCCUCGCAUUUCAGUCAUAAUGGCUCUCUGUGUUUGUAAAUGCCUAAAUGUAACAUUAGGAAGUGAUAAAGUAGAAGAUAAUGUAGAUAUAAAAAAAUUGGAGUUAUCACCCACGGAACAAAGGGAUAUUUUUUUCAGUGAGAAAUUGCUUUCAACGCCAUUAAAUUCCCUGAAGAGUCAAGUGGUGCAACCAGCCUUGGUGUGCCAGCGAGGCGUGGGCCGUUGGAUGCUGCACUCCUGCCUGGCCUGCGGGCAGGUCACGCACGCCGUCUCACAGGACAGGCCUAGUACUGUUCUCAUUCCCAAAGCCACACAAACCACACAAGAGCAAAUAAAUAAUGUUAAGAAGACAAGCAAUUUUUCUCCAGUUUUUAACUUACUUGUGCCAGAAGUAACUAGCUUAGACAUGAAAGAGAAUGUGGACACAAACAAUAUAGUUAGUGAUAAGAAAGGCUGGCAGCCGGCACAGCAGGCCAUCGGCACGCUGAGCAAGCAGCUCACGCAGACCCUGCAGUCGCAGCUUGAAGCCAUUGAGGAUACUGUAAGGCAGUUCCGAGACCAAAAGUAUGCUGAGUUUGAAGCAUACAAAGACAGAGCACAAAGGGAUCACAAGAUAUUAGCUAGUAUUGUAAGCAAAACCCGAGACAGCCUGAACGGAGACGGCUUCCGGGUGGACACUUCCCUCGACAAUGGACCCCCUUCACCACAGCUACCUCCACUUCAGAGAAGAAGACUGUCUUCAUUCAAAGAUGCCAAAAAAACGUCACAGAAUAUUGUUAAGCACAACAGGGUCUUUCCCCCAGAAGAAGAUUCGCUGGACGCAGAAGAUAUCUUCGACAUAGAAGGGAUGGACUCGCACAACCACAUGAUCUCGGACCAGGAUGACUAUGAAGAUUCUGAUGUGGACGUCAGCAACGACGAAGGCAUCCAUAUUGGGCGCGGGCGCGGUGCAGCUAACCUCCACCUGGCGCGCUCGCUGCCCAUCAACGUGCCCGUGUUCCCCGCCGAGCGCGCGCCCAGGGAGCCCGACACCGACGAGGAGCCGCACGCGCACGACAUCGCGGCGAGCAUCAAGGCGCUGGCGCGCUCCGUGCACGGCGACGUGUUCGAGCUGCCGCGCCCGCGCUUCAGCACGCAGAUCUAACACGCCGCUCCGGUCACACGCCACUGCAGCCGACGGUAGCCAUUCUGCUUUACCUGCACUCUGAGCCUGUCGCGGCACUCGCGCGGGUAUUUGUAGGCAUCGUAGAGCUCUAAGUAGCCUAACCGGGCCGACUGAAAGCCCCCGUCUACAUGAUAUUCCAGCCAUCAUUCGAAGAUGUAUAAAAUAAGCACUAAAUGAUUUCCAUAAAUAAAUAUGUUACAUUGGUAUGAUCUCCACAAUUAAAACGUGAGUAACUUUCGCUGGCUCGGCAUCAAUUCUAGACUCCUACACUAUACUAGGUUUCAUAGAAAAAGCGAGGUAAAUUAGCUCAUGCUUGCUCCACGACGCCAAAACUUUAUGCUUCGCCACAAGUAACUUUACUACUCAUCAUCUUCCUCUCGUUGUCCCGGCUUUUAGCCAUGGCUCCUGGGAGCCUGGGGUCCUUGCCAAACUUAUCCCAAAAAUUGGCUUAAGUACUAGUUUUUACGAAAGCGACUGCCAUCUGAACUUCCAACCCAGAGGGGAAACUAGGCCUUAUUGGGAUUAGUCCGGUUUUCUGACGAUGUUUUUCUUCACUGACAAGCGACUGGUAAAUAUCAAAUGAUAUAUUGUACAUAAGUUCCUCAAAACUUAUUGGUUUGAACCCGCAACCUCCGGAUUGAAAGUGGCACGCUUUAACCGCUACAUUUAUAAUUACACCCAACAGAUUGCGCCUAUAUUUUUCUGUCAAAUACUGUCAAUUAAACAUUUGUGUAACAUACCAUUCGUGUAUAAUGCAGGUGUUUUUAUAAGGAUUUUUUUACACAGUAAUAAUUCGGUAUUGCAAAAAUGUUUAAGUAUGGAAAUUUAAGUGUUCGUAUCUAAUGUAUUAGAUCAUUUUGUGGUGAUCGCGAAAGUAAUUAAGCAUAUUCGGCAUGUCUCAGAUCUAUGGAUUUUGCCGCAAAAUCAGACAAGCUCAAUCAGCAUUCAGCACUAAGCGGAAUUAUAGGUUAUUGCUAUUACAAACCGGCAUGAUAAAUUGAUAAAUAAUUUACUAUGCGCAGAUACACGAGGCUAUAUUUAAGAAAGUUUAAUCAUUAUGUUGUACUCGUAUUCUGAGCAGUGGGUACGUUUGGAUAAGCUAAAGGGUUUUCAUGCUAAGUUAAGAUUCCAUUUGUAGUACCUAAUUAUUUUUGAAAUAAGUAUUUGUUAUUUUCAAAAAAAUUAGGUUAUUGCCUAAAACAACAAAAAAUUCACUGUUCACUUUUUUUGGUUCUCUUCUACAAAAACUAUUGUUAUAGAUGUUCAUAUUUUAUGAAUUAAAUCAUUUGUUAUUAAAGAUAAUCGAAUGUAGAUAUUUUUGUCACGAACUGAAACUUUCGUAAGGCAUAGGUAAUCCCUUCGGUUCUCCGACUUCUGCCUGAUUCAACUUACUCCCUGAAACUGAAGGAUUUGAAUAUAAUAAGAGGCCAACGCCGCGCGCCCGCGCCCGCGCCCGGCCUGAUGCUUCCGUCGCCAGGUGGCGACUUGUUAAUGCUAUUGUACAUAAAAUUAUAUGGAGCCAUCCUAACUAUGAGUUGUUAACAUCUAAGUCAUAUCCCUGUUAAUAGAGACAUGAGUUUUCUAUUAUUUUUAUCUGGUGUUAUCUUAAUGGUAAGCGAAAUGUGUACAAAAAUAUGAAUAUUUGCAUUUCUAACUAGUCUUUAGGGUCACUAAACGUGUUGUAAUCCGAUGUACUACUGAAAUUAGCGGCUGUGGAGCGAUGGACGACAUUACAUACGAGUGCAGUUCUCGGUGUCCUCAAUCUGCCUUUUGAAAGAUUUUAUUAUUAUGCAUAACAAGGAGUACAAAUACAAAUAGUUGCUGAGAGGCACUGUGGCAGUAGCUUUUAAGGCCAGAACUACUCUUGAUGAAUCAAUGCAAAGUAACUCUAUUCUCUCUCUCUGAGCUAUUCUCUCUCUCUGAGAAAUCAGUAUAUAUGUACAAAAAUGUUGUUAUUACUUUGGACGAAAAAUGUUUAAAUUAAAUGCAGUUAUUUUUGUACCUGAUAUUUUGAAUGGAAGUCGAGUCGGGAUUAGGUUAGGUUGUAAUUUGCCAUUUGCAUGUAUUUUCUAACGAAGUUGAAGGAGUUAGUUUUAUUUUAGUGUAUCUAGAUGAUCCACGCUGUUUCCGGGUCUUCCAUAACUCUGUUUUUUAUGAAUACUGGCAACCGGUGAUUAUAUUGUGAUGGCCCUUUCUCAGUCAUUUGUUUUAAUAAUGUUUUAACUAAUUACCAUAUUGUUUCAUUGAUGUGACGACGUUAAGGAAGGAUCUUGACUGUAACGAAUAUAAAGUGAUCAUGUAAUAAAAGAUGACCGUAA